UGAGAAAUGAGGUUAAGUAUAAAAACUUUUGUUGAUGGUACUUGUGUGAUCCUAAAAAAAAGUCCAGAAGCUAAAAUGCACAAACUAAAGCAAUUUUUAUUAAUAUUCCUCUUCGCCACUUUCCUCGUAAUAACAGAAUGUCACAACAAGUAUUCCAAAGAUUCCAAUAAUGUGGAAAAGCAGGAGGAAACUGAAAAACCCGCUGUCGACUUGAGACACAUCUCUUUGAAGCACUUGGAUAGACCGUUUAGGAUGGCCAAAUUGAACUUGUUAUGGUCUAAAGCAGUUCAUAGAUUAACUGACCCUAAACUCCAAUCUCUAUUUGGCGAGUUAAAACUUCACGAUAAAGAAGAAAUUACAUGGAAACACUUGAGAGCUGAAGGCAAAGACAAGGACGGCCUAAAGGAAGCAAAACUACGCGAUAAGCUAAAGACAAUCAUGACAAAUUAUGGUUUACUAGAUCAGAUUGAUGAUAUUGAUGAUGAAAAGAAGGUUUUCCCUUACAAGGCCCUUAAUGAAGCAUCUGAUAAACAUAUAAACAAAAGCCUAUUUAAAGACAAAAAACUAAAUAAAUUAUGGGAAAAGGCCGCCAUGGCGGGUUUUAGUAAAGACGAAUUGUCAGCUUUACGUGAAGAAUUUCACCAUCAUCAAGAUAAAAUUGAUCAGUAUUAUUCCUUACUUUAUAAAGUGAAAGGUGAUCCAAAUGAUCACAUUGAAGAAAGAGAACUAAAUUCUCUGGAUGAAUCUCUAGAUAAAUACAAUAAAAUUGAAAUAAUGGAAGAAAAGGAACCUAAUAAAGAUUACUUGGAAAAAGCUAACAUGAUUAGAGACCAUCACAAACAAAUCAAAGACGGUUUUGAACAUUUAGAUCGAUUAGCUGCUGCAGGACCUGCUAGUAAAGAAUUUGUUGAACCUAAAGUACAAGGUUUAUGGAGAAUUGCAGUUGAAAGUAACUUCACCAACUCCGAACUGCAAUCUUUGAAAACGGAAUUGUUCCAUUACGAAAAUAGGUUGCUCAAAUUGCGUCAUUUGCAAGCAGAGCAUGCUAUAAACGAGGACAAACAUUUAAAAAAGCAAAAAUAUUCUGGCGGAAAAUCCAACGGCCACAAACUGAUGGAGGACAACAUCAAGAAGCACGCGAGGAAAGUGGAUAAGAUUCAUCUUGAUAUUGAAACGAAAAUUAUGCAAAGGCAUAUUGAACUGUAAUAAUUUAGGAAUCUCAAAAAAAAUUAUUUGCCAAAGUUGAUCAUUAUUUUUAUGUAGAAUAAUUGUGCAUUUAUUUUUGUGUUUGUUGUUUAUACUAAUAAUUAUUUAAUUAUAUAAAAAUCGUAAUAAUAUUGAAAACUGGAUAAAAUAAAUAUUGUUGCAAAUUGUGCGAAAUUGAGACUGGAAAAUCCACAGGUUGGUAAUCGAUGAAAGAUUUUAAAUUGAAAUUGAAAGAUAUCGAAACUGAAAAGGAUAUUUUUUUACUUUACCUGGCUUUACUUCCAAACUCCACUCAGUUGGCCAGCUCUUGCAGGAAGUUCAAGUCCAAUGCAAAGGAGUACAAACGAAACAGUUUUAAUUGAACCGGUCGCGGCAAACGAUAAAACCGCAGGUCUAUUCUCUCGAACUAAGGACUUUGCAGCUAUCCUUUUUCAGUGUGCGCGCAUUUUUAAAAGCCAAAUUUAGCAAAGUCAUAUCAUUUCUUAGGCAUAUAGCACGCGCAAUUCAAUUAGAAUUAAAGAAAACAAAAAUAAAGAGAAGAAAAAACGAAUCCAUUAUCAUUCCUAAAUAGGAUUUGACAUCUUAAAUACCCAAUUUAACCUACAACUAUAUGCAGGGCGCGAAGAUGAAACUGAUCACAAACUAUUGAUGUCAACCAUAGCCUCAAUGAACGGGAUUAAAAUGGGUAUAUCUACUGAUUUCUUAAAAAAUAAAGCAAUAAAAACUGAAAUUAAAAAAUCUCUUUAAUUUUUGAAAAAAAAACCUAAAUAUUAAAGAGAGACUAACAGAGAAGACUCUAUAUAAAAAUUAUUAAUCCUUUUUGCUUGAUCCUUUGUACUCAAUCCAAUCAACAAACCCGUCAAAAUUCUUAUCACUCUCCUGUAAAAAUUCAUCCACCAUAUUCGAUAAGAUUUUAUCAUCGUAAUGUUGACCGAUUUUCUCAUGCGUACCCGCGUUUUUAUCUUCUUC